AUGGCCCACCAAGCACACGCAUACCACAUAGUUGACCCCAGCCCUUGACCCCUUACGGGCGCAAUCGCCGCCCUCUUAAUAACAUCUGGCCUUGCCAUUUGAUUCCACUUCCACUCUACUACCCUCCUAGCCCUAGGUUUAGUGCUACUUCUCCUCACGAUAUACCAAUGAUGACGAGACAUCAUCCGAGAAGGCACCUUCCAGGGCCACCAUACGCCCCCCGUCCAAAAAGGCCUGCGAUACGGCAUAAUUCUGUUUAUUACCUCUGAAGUCUUCUUCUUUUUAGGAUUCUUCUGAGCCUUCUACCAUGCGAGCCUCGCCCCCACUCCUGAACUAGGUGGAUGUUGACCUCCCACAGGUAUCACUGUCCUAGACCCUUUUGAAGUACCCCUACUGAAUACGGCAGUCCUUCUAGCCUCCGGAGUAACCGUUACCUGGGCCCACCACAGCAUUAUAGAGGGCGAGCGAAAACAGGCAAUUCAAUCCCUUACACUAACAAUCCUUCUCGGCUUCUACUUCACUGCCCUCCAAGCCAUAGAGUAUUACGAAGCCCCCUUUACAAUCGCAGACGGAGUCUACGGUUCAACAUUCUUUGUAGCAACCGGUUUCCACGGCCUACACGUCAUUAUUGGCUCAACCUUCCUUGCCGUGUGUCUGCUUCGCCAAAUUCAAUACCACUUUACCUCGGAGCACCACUUCGGAUUUGAAGCAGCAGCAUGAUAUUGACACUUUGUAGACGUUGUUUGACUAUUCCUAUACAUCUCUAUCUACUGAUGAGGAUCGUA